UGGUGGAGCUGCUUUACUUUUUUCUCUUCCCCCUUGCUUUUGGUGAUGGCUGGGAGUGCAGAAGUUGAUUGACAGAUGCAUGCCAGAAACCCCCAUUCUCGUUUUCAAAGGCUACAUAUGAUGGAUUGCGAUCUUGCAGCUCAGCAGGACACAGGGACCAUGCAAGCUGUAAUUGGUCAGGAUCCAAUGAUAGCUGGACAAGUCAGUAAGCCCUUGCUGUCACUGCGGAGUGAAAUGAAUGCAGAGUUGAGAGGUGAGGACAAGGCAGCUGCUUCAGACAACGAGCUGAAUGAGCCCCUGCUUGUGCCUGUGGAAUCAAAUGACAACGAGGACACUCCCAGCAAGCUCUUCGGAGCCAGAGGAAAAGCAGCGCUGUCUGAUGCGAGCACAUCUGACCAGCACCAACCCAGUCAAUCCCAUCCAGCGUUCGCUGUUGGGCCCCAGCCACUACUGACGGCUCAGCAGUUAGCCUCAGCUGUAGCCGGGGUAAUGCCGGGAGGCACGCCAGCCCUGAAUCAGCCUAUCCUUAUCCCUUUCAACAUGGCUGGACAACUGGGUGGUCAGCAAGGAUUGGUCCUGACUUUGCCGACUGCUAAUCUCACCAACAUCCAAGGGCUGGUAGCAGCAGCUGCAGCAGGAGGCAUUAUGACUUUGCCAUUGCAAAAUUUACAAGCUACCUCAUCCCUGAAUUCCCAGCUUCAGCAACUUCAGCAUCUUCAACAACUCCAGCACCACCAACAGCAGCAGCAGCAACAGCAACAGGGCCAAACUAGCCAGCCACUGCAGGGACAAACCAGCCAGCCCCAACAUCAAGCUCAGCCACAGCCACAACAGCCUCAACAACCCGCACCACCACCUCCACCACAGCAGCCUCCACCACAACCACCACAAUCGCAGUCUCAGAGUCAGAACCAAGCGUCACCGGCUUCACAAUCUUCGGGCUCCCCUCAGAAACCCAGCCAGUCACCAGGACACAGCCUUCCCUCACCUCUCACAUCACCAAACCCGCUCCAGCUGGUUAGUAAUCCUCUAGCAAGUCAAGCGGCGGCAGCAGCAGCAGCGGCAGCCGCCAUGGGCUCAAUAGCAAGCUCACAGGCCUUUGGCAAUGCACUCUCCGGUCUUCAGGGGGUCACAGGUCAACUAGUCACUAAUGCACAAGGACAGAUUAUUGGAACGAUUCCAUUGAUGCCUAAUCCAGUCCCAUCCAAUCAGGCAGCAGGAGGAGCUCAGGGCCUUCAAGUGCAGCCAAUCACGCCACAGUUAUUGACCAAUGCCCAGGGGCAAAUCAUUGCAACUGUCAUUGGAAACCAAAUUUUGCCAGUGAUCAACACCCAGGGAAUCACACUGUCACCACUUAAACCAGGCCAGCAGCUCCAUCAGCCAUCUCAGACACAAGUGGGACAAGCAGCAUCACAGUCCAGUCUUCUACAUUUGGCUCACAGUCAGGCAUCUAUGUCUCAAAGCCCUGUGCGUCAGGCUUCUUCCUCUUCCUCCUCCUCCUCCUCAUCUUCAGCUCUGAGUGUUGGCCAGUUAGUUAGCAAUCCCCAGACAGCCUCAAGUGAGGUGGAUGGGGUGAACCUUGAAGAAAUCCGAGAAUUUGCCAAAGCUUUUAAAAUCCGACGCCUGUCCCUUGGUCUUACCCAGACACAAGUUGGUCAAGCUCUAAGUGCCACAGAAGGUCCAGCCUACAGUCAAUCUGCCAUCUGCAGACACACCAUCCUGAGAAGCCACUUUUUCCUACCACAGGAAGCCCAAGAGAACACUAUAGCUAGCAGUCUGACAGCCAAACUGAACCCUGGCCUUUUGUAUCCUGCCAGGUUUGAAAAGCUGGACAUCACCCCUAAAAGUGCCCAGAAGAUCAAGCCGGUGCUUGAACGGUGGAUGGCUGAGGCUGAGGCCCGCCAUCGAGCAGGUAUGCAGAACCUGACCGAAUUUAUUGGGAGUGAACCGUCCAAAAAGCGCAAGAGGCGCACCUCGUUCACACCGCAAGCCCUUGAAAUCUUGAAUGCCCACUUUGAGAAGAACACACAUCCCUCUGGGCAGGAAAUGACAGAAAUUGCAGAGAAACUGAACUAUGACCGGGAAGUAGUUAGAGUCUGGUUCUGCAAUAAGAGGCAAGCACUGAAGAACACAAUUAAACGCCUAAAACAGCACGAGCCAGCAACGGCAGUCCCAAUGGAGCCCUUAACAGACUCUCUGGAAGAAAACUCCUAAUUGGAUAACUUUAAGGAAAGAACACACAAAAUGAACACAAUUUAAACAUUUGAACUCUGUAAAGACGCUCUUUCACCACCCUUGUAAGUAAAAGACUGAGACAGUGGCACGAUGGACGGAACAAUUUAUAAAUGUCUGUGCAGUUUCCUAGAUAAAAACAACCAGAAAAAAAAUACAAAAAAAAAAUAUUACACAGCACUUAGUGUGUGUGUGCGUGUGGUAGAACUAGUUCCAAAAUAAACCCGUUUUUUUAAGGGACCUAAAAGUAAACCAAAUAACUGCUUACUUUUUUCCUGUAUAUUAUGAAAAUGUGGACAUGUUUUAUGAAAACGAACCCAACAACAAUAACAACCACAACAAAACCUUUAACUGUUUUUACAAGAGAGAGAGAGAGAUUGAGAGAAAGAGAGAGAGAAAGAGAAAGAGAAAUACAAGCCUGCCACCUGGAGGAGUGAUUGUAGCCUUUCAGGUAUCAAGUGCUUCUUCAUUAUGAAAACUAUUAACCAAAGUCAGAAACAUGGCGUUGCAAACUCGAUUGUUAGUCUACUCUUUUAUGAGUAAUACCUUGUGUUAUGAAUUUUUACAUUUGUACUUUGCAAAGAAAAUAAUAAUAAUGAUGAUAAUGAUGAUGAUGAUAAUAAUAAUAAUACAGGACUCUCUUUUCCCUCUGCAUCCUCUCUCACAUGCCCAGCACGUGAGUAAACUAACUAGACUUGGCUUGAGCUGCGGUGUUCAACCAUUUCGUUUGUCAUAGACAGUUCUGUGAUCUCCAGAUUUUCGUGUGCCAAAAUGACUGUCUCUCCAAACUGUGGAUUUUGAUAUUUAUUUGCCAUUUUGAAACUUCAUUUAUGUGCUGUUUGAUUGACACUUUAUUUUGUCUGCUUUCUCUGUCACAAUGGCAUUUACAUUUUCUUUAAAAGAGAGCAGAACUGGUUUUCAUGACGAAGUUGUAAGAAUCACACUAUAAGGACAUAUUAAGUAACUUGAACCUUUACUUAUCAUAGACAGCUCGUGACUUUCUCUUUCCUUUGGCCACGAACUAGGAGAGGUUACCAAAGCAACUUUUUUGUAAUAUAAAUAUAAACUGCACACUUGGUCCAAUAUACAGCAUUGGUCUUUCAUGGUUUUGUCUACGUGAAGCAAUUUCUCUCCAAAGUCUGAUAGCCAAAGAAAUUCCUUGGGAUUCUAAUGGAAAGCAAGCUGAGGGCAAAAGGACACAAGUGAUGAUGACAUUCCUUCCUAAGUCCUUCUUUUGUUGGUAUUGCUUUCUGCCUUUUUAAUAUAUUUAUUUUAUUUAUGUAUUCCCUGCCCACUCCCUUCUGGUAAUUCCUACUUUCAGAACUGUGGAUAGCUACUGAUAGGAUUGCAUUGAUGUCAUAAUUGGUUUGAGAAUAUGUGACUAACAUACGAGGCGUAUUUUUAAAGUAAGGUCCAUUGGAACAUAAGUACACAACGAAAGUUUAUUUCAAAAAAGUAAAUUUAUUUUCAGAAAGUACAUACUUCACUCUAUUUUUCGACAUAGUUGCCAAGUUUGUUCAAACACUUAUCAUACCUCUGAACCAAUUUUAAAAUACUCUCUUCAUAAAAACUUGCCGCCUGCUCCGAUAACCAAGAGUUCACUGUAAUCAAGGAAGGGCAACCGGAGUGGUCCGCAUCAUGGACGUUGUCACGGCCAUCUUUGAAUUGUCGUACCCACUUGCGCACUUUGCUUUCACUCAUAACAGUAUCACCGUACAGUUCACAAAUCUGUCGAUGAAUUUCUGCAGCAGGCAGGCUCCUUGCUGAAAAAAACCGUACCACUGAGCGAACCUCACAUGCGGAGAGUGAGUUGAUAGUCUUAAACAUUUUAAAGCACAGAACAGAACCGUACAGGUUAGCUACAGAACGGAAACUGAGCACAGUUGUUCCCGAGGCAUGCUGGUACACGACACACGCACUCAUUGCGGUAUGUGCGCGAACUACUAGUGUCUACAACAAAACGGACCUUACUUAAAAAAUACCCCUUGUAUUUACCUAAUUUUAGAAUUCAGAUUUUAAAAAAAACAGUGAUCACCAAAACACAUGCAAUACACUGUAUGGCUUUGGAAUCAGAAGAUAUGCAAAGGAAGUUUCUGACCCUUUUAUAUGUUGUACAGGACAGUCAAACUGAGGAAUCAUUAGAUUUAGGCAAAUAUUUCCUGAAGUAUGGGACCUAGUUAUAUUCAUUACAAACUUAGUCUAACAUCUUGUUCCACACUUAUCAAAAUAAAUUUUCAUUUGGAAUUUCAUAGAAUAGUACUUUUUCAUCUGAUCACAGUGUGAAUCUCCAAUUCUUCUGGGUUGUUCACCAAUACUAGUGUGACAGCAUUAAAUCCCCCACAGAAUUUGUGGCCUUAAAUGUUCCAUUUCUCACCGAGGUUUUUCCCUAUUUCACUAGAAGGUAAGAAGAGUUAAUUCAGUUACCACUUUGAAUCUAUUCCUCAGAUUUUAUUUAUUGCCAUUAAUUUUAAACUUUCCUUGGAGGUUCAGUCCAUUCUUCGUUUCAAGUGAGCUUACCCAGCAGUAUUUUCUUGUGGAUUGUGUCUGAGAUUUUAAGAUAAGAAAUUGCUGGUGCGCAAUUAUCACACACUUGUUAAUUUUUAAAAUUUGGCCAGGAACGUGUAUGGUAGUGGAACAGUUCCUUGUGGAAAUCCGCUAUAAAUUGGAAAAAGUUGAUCAUGUUAAUUCAUCCUUUUUCUUUAAAAAAUGCAAAUAGUUCCAAAAGUAUGAAUGAGGACUUCUGCCCUUCUAAGUAUGAGCAGCUGACUAUCAAUCCUUUAUGAAAAUUGUAUGUCCAUAUACCUCAGCUUUGGGGCAUUUUAUGUGGACAGCAGAAAAGUACGGAAGUUACAGAAACAAGUAAAAUUAGAACCACAGUGCAUACAAAUUUCAGCUUUACAG